UGGUUGCCACUUCAAAUUUCUAAAUGUAAUGUUGACAAUUUCAGGUUAUAUUGCCCAUCAAAUAUUUCGCAAAAUAAACUAAGAUCGCAGAUUAAAAAGCAGAUUCUCAUAAAAUAUCUUCAUUAUCGUCAAGUGGCAUAGAACCGUUUCAGUUGUGCAUGUGCAUUAAAUCCCUCACACUGAGUACAAAUUAGCCUCCAUAAUGGCCUUUAAACUCAAUUAUAGCUUUGAAGGCAACAUUAAGUCCCGACCAGAACAAAAUUUGGCAGGUGCCAGCAAGAAAUUAACCAGAGAUUUACUUCUGCAGAAGACUCAGGAAGAAAGGCGCAAAAGACAGGAACAAAGAGUGAAGCUUCAAAGUGCUGAGCUGCUACAAUCGCACAUUCGCAGCUAUCUGGUGAGGAAAGCUGUAAAAGAGAUACAAAGGCAAGAGUAUGUCUCAAAUGAAAGUGGUUUGGGAGCAAUGGACAAGCUGAAGAAGCUCUUGUUCUUCUAUGAUCAUCAAACAGAUUUUCCAAAGUUGUUGAAAUUAUCCAAUGAGCUUCUACUGCAUGUGAGCGAAGUGAUUCAAAGAAUAAACAUCGAUACUCAGUUCAGUUGGAUGAUGAAAAGAUUGCUGGUGAUUUGUAUUAAGCACAUAUCCAUUCAUGACGAUACAGCUACUUUGAUUUGUAUGAUCGCUACGUUUAGUGACAAUCCAAACACUUUAUUCUAUUUGAUUAGAAAAGGUUAUUUCUCCUAUCUGAGAACGCUACUGGAUUCAAGCUCACCAGACUCCUUACCCCAAGUAAUGCUUUUAAUUCAGCGGCCGUUUAAAUUCUUAAACAACUUUGGCCCAUCGCAAGAUAUGGUACUUGCGGAGUUUUGCAAUACUUUUUUAAAGCCAACGUUGACUUACAACCUAAAGUAUUAUCUUAUUCCCUUCAUGAAGCAGACCCAAGAUUCUACAUACUAUGAUAAACUUAUUAGAUACUUGAACGGCGUUCAUUAUCUAGUGGAAAGCAAUAGCUUAUUUUACUGCAUGCUAGCACUCGAACCAGCGGACUAUGAGCCCAACCUGGAUAGUGUCCAGGUUCUAUCUAUGCUUAGCAAAGAAAUUCACACAUUAAAACCAUCGCUAGACCUAACUGAGGACAGUGAUUGUGAAGAUGGAGAAGACGUUGAAGUGUCUGCAGGGGAAGUGUUACUUUCCGACUAUUUGAACAUUCUAAACAGCUCAAAUAAAGUGAGGAAAUGGAUGCAUUUCUUGGAAUCGAACUCAGACGACGCCCGGGUUCUUACUGCAUUUGUAAAUCUUGCUCAAAACCUGCUGCUUGUUUACAGGGAGUCAAUCAGGAAAUAUCUAUUGCUAUACAAACUUGGGUUGAACAGUACAUUUUUGAAGAAAUUAUGGUUUGCAAUAUCCAAAAAGUCAGCAGACCUGCAGAUAAAUGGCACCUCUUUAGUUUCUUGGAAAAGUUGCCAUACACAACUAUCAGUUUUCUGUGAUAUGUUCACGUUUUACACCGAAACCUUGACUGAUAAAGAAAAUUCCGAUACCAGCGAAACUUUCACCUCGAGCGAUCUGCAUACAAUGUCAAAUCUCUUAAAAAGGAUCGCAGUUGAGUUAAUUGAAAUCGCUUUUCCCAUGUGUAGAGCAAGUUCGGUAUUUGCAACCCCCGAAAUUAGUCACCUGUAUCAGUCUUGCAUCAACUGCGUUAAGAUGCUGUACACUCUGGACAUGAGAAAGCAGUUUUGUCCACCCGGUUUCUGGACCGCACGGAAAAUACAUGUUUCACAGGAUUUAACCAAAAAGAACUAUCUAUCGCAGGUGUUUUCGCCAUUCGGAGGAGUGAUUAAAAAUGUGCAUGCGGAUGAUGAGCAUUUGCCUCCUUUAUCGACAAUUGAGCAAAGAUCUUUAGCAAUCCUCCAAGAACUUCCGUUUCUUGUGCCGUUCAACACUCGGGUUCACUUGCUUAGAGAUUUGUGCCGAUUUAGCUUGGGAGAAAACGAAUAUCAGCGCAUGCAUCACGAUCUAUUACAUGAUAAUACUGUUGUGAUUAGGCGAAAUUACCUAUACGAAGAUUCGUUUGAAAAAAUUUCCACUAAAAGCGAAUCGGACUUGAAGCACCGGGUGAGAAUUCAAUUCAUAAACAAUAUAGGGCUGGAGGAAGCAGGCAUUGAUGGAGGAGGAAUCUUUAAGGAGUUUAUCAAUGAGGUUCUAAAGACCGCUUUUGAUCCUAAUCGGGGAUUUUUUUUAAUGACUGCUGAUAAUACGUUGUAUCCCAAUCCCAAUGUUCAUCUUAUAGUGGAAAACUUCGAGGAGCAUUUCACUUUUAUUGGACGUCUAGUUGGAAAGGCAAUAUUCGAAAACAUAUUAGUGGACCUUCCUUUGGCUGAAUUUUUCCUAGCAAAACUGCUAGUUGAUAGAGCGAGUGCCUGCUAUCUGAAGUCGCUAGACCCCGUUCUCUAUAGAAACUUGUUAUACCUUCGUGACUAUGCUGGGGACGUUAGUGAUUUGGGGCUCGAUUUUACCACUGUAAACAACGAUCUAGGCGAGACCCGAAUAAUGGAACUAAAAGCCAAUGGAAGAAAUAUUCCAUUGACGAAUGAGAACAGAUUAGAAUACAUUCAACGACUCGCCGAUUUAAAAUUGAACACGCAACUGAAGAAGCAAUGCGCAGCUUUCAGGGAAGGCUUGAAUAGUGUUGUUCCACUUCUAUGGCUGAAACUUUUCAAUCACAAGGAGCUUCAGGUCAUCAUUGGUGGUGAUACCCAUGAGAUUGAUUUGGAUGACUUAAGAGCCCAUACUACUUAUUCGGGCGACUUUACGGAUGAGCACCCCACGAUGUUGUUAUUUUGGAGAAUCCUGCAUGGUUUUACGGACAUUCAAAAAAGGCAGCUACUUAAAUUUGUAACGAGCUGUUCGCGCCCUCCGCUGCUAGGGUUCAAGGAAUUAAACCCACCUUUUUGCAUACAAUCGUCUGGUGUUGAAAACCGAAUGCCAACAGCAAGUACAUGUUUAAAUUUGUUAAAAAUACCCAUCAUUAAAGAGGAAAGGGACCUUCAAUCGAAACUUCUCUCUGCAAUAGAACAACAGGCUGGGUUUGAACUAUCUUAAGUGCUGUAAGUGAUCGUGUUAUAAACAUCUAUUUAUUUUAUUUGUAGAAAGUUAUUGUAUCCUUUACCACUGUAAAUAAUGUACAUCAACUAUUCGCAUUUUUAUCUAUAGGAAGGGCAAUUUUCGAGUUGCUCUCUUUAUAAUUUUAUUGUGUAGGCUGCAAUGAAUAUACACAUUCAGGUAAUUUUGCCGAUAA